AUGGAAGAAGACCAAUAUGCAUAUUCCGAGCGACCCGCUAAGCGGGUUCGUCAGGCUUGUGAGCCUUGCAGGCGGAAGAAAGCUAAAUGCCCCGGAGAGCAGCCUGUCUGCUCACUCUGUGCCAGGCUACGGCAGCAAUGUCUAUAUGCCGAAGAGAGGCGCCGGUUACCACCCCUCGAGGAGCAGUCGAGGGUCAGCGACGCAGACAAUCGAACGUCUAAUGUUUUGGAAGACAGAAUGCGAAGUCUUGAGAGUAAACUUGGAGAGAUUCUCGAUGUGCUGGGCAGCUCAAGAGGUGAAACACAACUGCCAGUUGAACAGCUCAUUCCUUCUGUGACACUGUUAAGGCCAAGCUCAAAUGUUACUCUGCCAUCAUGGGAAGAGAUAAUGCCCGUUGCGGAACUCUAUUUGCAGUACUGUGAAUCUCAGCCUCUCCCUCUUUUCCACAGGGCCAGCUUCAUCAGAAGCCUGCAAACACGGGAUUCUGAAGUCGUCUUUGCCAUGCUAGCACUGGCUUAUCGAUUCUCGUAUUCUCAUUCUAAUAGGGCGGAGUCUAGAAACCUCGUGAAUGGGUACGCCGAGGUUGCUCGAGGCUUGAUCAUGAAAAGAGUCUCAGAGGGACCAGUGGAGCUUUCAACACUUCAAUGCCUCUGCCUUUUGAGCUUGGUAGAUUUUACAAAUGGCAACACGCAUCGAUCCAGCAUCCACAGCAGUCUAGCAAUGAAUCUUGCACAAUGCGCCAACCUUGACCAAGAGCCACGGACUGUGGUAAGCAACAUAGUUCGCGAGGAACGAAGACGCUGCUUCUGGAGUAUAUGUCUCCUGAAACGAUUACACGGUGGAGAGUUCUCGAUCUUAGAUAUGCCUGAAGUUGGAGGACCACCUUUUCCUCAAAGUCCAGCCCGACCAGCACGACUCCUUUCGCCAGGACCAUCAACCGUUGAAAUGCGUGGCAGUGACAUGCAAGACGAUGGAAUAAUUGCGUAUGUGGUAACGAUGAGCGAAACAUUUUCAAGGACAGCACGAUACGUGCGACUUCACGGCCGACCAAGCAAUGUCCCACCCUGGUCUCCCAAUUCCGAAUAUUCCAAGAUUCUCGCUUUGCAGAUGGAUCUCGAGACCCGAAUGCCCUAUAUACAUCGGUUCAAGCCUGCCAAUCUAGGAGAACGAACCCGAGAAGAGUUACAGACGCAUCGUGAAUACUGGGGUCCUUGGUUCCUGAACCAGUUCAUGUAUCACACCAGUUUGUGUCUUCUGAACCAUCCCCUCCUGCUCUCUUUGGGUCUUCGAAAUUUCCGGAAUACGAUCCCAGAAAUCUUCCUGCAGCAUACAUCCGAUUUGAUCUCUUCGCACACAACCUGGAUCAUCCAUUUUAUCAAUUACUUCGAAGAGAAAUCCUUCUUGGUUUCCGAUCCGCUACUCGGAUACAGUGCUGCUGUUGUAGCCACCAUCGAGCUACAACUCAGUUUCACAGAUAACUCGACAAUCAGGGAACAGAAGCGCGAAAGAUUCACCAAGUGCGUCAAGUUCGUGCAACAAAUAGGAGAAAGAUGGCCACAUAUGGCUCGAUUGGCACACAGACUUCAGCGCCUAGAAGACGCAGUCUCGGCAACCUACCAAUCAGACCCAGACGCCCAAAACCAAAGCCUCCUCAUUGACCUAUCCCGCUUCUGGGAAAUCCUAGAAUACUCCUCAAACAGCGACAUAGACUCUGCCCGACGUCUUUUCGGAGAGUCCCUCUAUGCGGGAUCUUCUUCGACUGGCGCAGAAGUCUCUCAAACAUCUCCUUUACCAGCGCCAUUCCGACUGAAUCCCCAAGAAGGAGGAGGAGGCACUCCAAAACUUCAAUCGCAGCCAUUCACUGCCAAUUCCGCCUUUCCAACCCAGGAAUACCCGGGGAACUCACUGGUCUCGCCGCAAAAUUUGACGCUGUCGAAUGAUGAGUUCUCAAUCCUUGCUACGAAUUUCUUCUCGCAGGGCCAGGAAUUUCUACGUAGUGCGGAUAACUGGGAAAGCAUUGGAAAUUUCUAA